CACUGAACGAAUCGAUUCUCAUCGCUGGACGCACACAACACCACAAACUUGAUAAGACAUGAAACACGCAUGACAUUUAAACGCAAAGAACAUACAAGAGGAUCUGUACUCGCCUAAUGUCUCUCAAACAUUAAAUUAUUUCAUAGCGCUUGAUAUACGUACUGCGUCAUAAGAAUGGUGUCAUACAAGAGACUCACCCCUGAGGAGGUUCAUUUCUCAGGAGCCGCAUUAUUGGAUCCACCCCACGAUGAGACGACGGACCCCCAGGUGAGGGAAGUAGACGCAGAAAUGCCUCUACUUCCCCGGAGCCAUCGCUGCUCCGCCACAGCCGGUCUUCUGACCCUUGGAGGACUUAUUGUGGCUCUUUCCUGCGUUUGGCUGUUGGGAACUAUAUUUUGGUUGCAUAAUCCCCCUUCCACAGAACCUCAUAGACCCCCACCACCCGCCGUACACCCUGGCUGGAUACAGAGGAAUGGGACGUGGCUGCAGCCGGAGUCUUGCUCCAAUGUUCCGAAAGAAUGGAGGUUUGACUGUUAUCCGGAAAGGAGCGUGGUGGUUACAGAGGAACUGUGCCACGCUCGAAACUGCUGCUUUAUACCUCAAUCGCAGGCUAAGACGGCGGGACGGAACGGAGUGCCGUGGUGUUUUUACGCACCUGAUUAUCCGUCUUAUGAGUUGGUGUCCAUAAAUGACAAUGAGAUGGGGACGGUCGGAAAACUGCUUCGGAAAACAAAGACGUACUACCCUAAAGACAUUGACACACUACAGCUCGAAGUGCUUUAUGAGGAUGACAAUAGAUUGCGUGUGAGGAUAACGGAUCCGGCUCAGAAGAGGUACGAGGUGCCUAUAGAUGUUCCUGUGGUCCAGAAACAAGCAACAAACCGUUCUUACACCGUAGAGUUCAUCAAUAAACCUUUUGGGCUGAUUGUCAAGCGAGCUAACUCUGGGACUGUAUUGCUAAAUACGUCCAUAGCUCCUCUCUUCUACGCGGAUCAGUUCCUGCAGAUGUCCACAUCGUUGCCAUCGCGUUUCAUAUACGGUCUGGGGGAACAUCGCUCCAACUUUCUUCACGACAUCCAGUGGAACACACUCACUAUGUGGGCUCGAGACGUCCCACCAAUGGAGCUCACCAACCUCUACGGUGUCCAUCCCUUUUAUCUCUCUAUGGAAUCUGAUGGAAGGGCACACGGGUUCUUCAUGCUCAACAGCAAUGCCAUGGAUGUGGCUCUGCAGCCCGCCCCUGCCAUUACCUGGCGCAUGAUUGGUGGAAUCCUGGACUUUUAUGUAUUUCUUGGCCCAGAUCCGAGCUCUGUGAUUGGUCAAUACCUGGAUGUCGUCGGUAGACCAGCGAUGCCCGUCUACUGGGCUCUGGGCUAUCAUCUCUGCAGAUGGGGAUACAAGUCUAGCAACAAAACCUGGGAUGUUGUGAAAGAAAUGAGGAAUUAUGGAAUACCUCAGGACGUUCAGUGGAAUGACAUCGACUACAUGGAUCAUGCUUUAGACUUCACCUAUGAGCCUAUGAACUUCUCCACCCUACCGGACCUUGUGAAGGAUCUUCACAGACAUGACCAACACUACGUUAUGAUACUGGAUCCUGGUAUAAGUAGCACUCAGAAACCAGGCUCAUAUUUGCCAUUUGAUGAGGGGGUAAAGCAGGGUGUCUUCAUCAAUGACUCCAAUGGAGAGAUGCUUAUUGGAAAGGUCUGGCCUGGACUCACAGCUUUCCCAGAUUUUUCCAAUCCAGACACACACAACUGGUGGUACGAGAAUCUGCAGCGUUUCCACGACAAAGUGCCGUUUGAUGGCGUGUGGAUCGACAUGAACGAGCCGUCUAAUUUUUUUGAUGGAUCACUAAAUGGUUGUCCAGAGAAUGAACUGGAAAAUCCUCCAUACACACCAGGUAUUCUAGGUGGCACUUUAAAGGCCAAGACUCUGUGUGCAUCUGCAAGACAGAAAAUCUCCUCUCACUACAACAUACACAGUCUGUAUGGACUCAUGGAGGCCAAAGCCACUGAAAGCGCUCUGAGGAAGAUCACAGGAAAACGUCCAUUUGUCAUUUCCCGUUCUACGUUUCCUAGUCAGGGCAGAUAUUCAGGUCACUGGCUCGGAGACAACAGGAGCCAAUGGAAAGAUUUGUUCACAUCUAUACCAGGUAUGCUGACGUUUAACAUUCUGGGCAUCCCUCUGAUUGGAGCAGACAUUUGUGGCUUUGGGGGCAGCACCACAGAGGAACUUUGCGUCCGGUGGACCCAACUGGGAGCUUUCUACCCUUUUACAAGAAAUCACAACUCCAUAGAUGAACAGGAUCAAGAUCCAACUGCAUUCAGUCCUGCAGCUCGUACAGCAAUGAAAGAAGUCAUCCUACUGCGAUAUUCCCUUUUUCCACAUCUCUACACGCUUUUCCAUCACGCACAUAUCAGCGGACGCACGGUCGCCACCCCACUGCUGUUUCAGUUUCCUACAGAUAAGAAAACAUAUGGAAUAGAUAAACAGUUCCUAUGGGGAACUAGUUUGCUGGUCACACCCGUGUUGGAGGCAGGAGUUGAAUACGUCGUGGGUUAUUUCCCCGAAGGUCUCUGGUACGAUUUCUACACGGGUGACUCAUUGGUAAGCAGCGGGGAGGAGAUCAAACUUCACGCUCCGCUGGACAAAAUCAACCUGCACCUCAGAGAGGGCUCCAUCAUUCCUACACAGAGACCUAACACAACGCUGUGGGUGAGCAGUGGUCAGCCCCUUCACAUUAUUGUGUCUCUGAGUGAUGAAGGUCUGGCACAGGGGGAUCUGUACUGGGAUGAUGGAGAAACCCUUGAUUCUUAUGAGACCGAUGAAUAUGCUUACAUCUAUUUCACAGUCAAACAGAACACAAUGAAGUCCGAGGUGCUGCGUAGUCAUCAGGAAGCCACUUACAUCACCGUGGAAACUGUUUCCUUUUAUGGAGUAAAGGCGGAGCCGGAAAACGUCACCGUGAAUUCACAAGAAGCAGCGUUCGCUUAUCAUGACAAUAAGGUGCUGAUAGUAACAGAUUUGGGUCUAAACCUCAGCCAGAACUUCACAAUCAGUUGGAUGUAAACAUUAUAAUGCUGUUUCAAAACUGCAAGCUGUCAUCAUGGAUUAUACAUCCUCGUAAGAUUGCGGCUGACCUUUAUCACGGUACAGAGAGUGCAGGCUCUUGUUGAUCGUUGACUUUCCAGUCGUUGUUCUAGCGCACUUCUAGUGUGUUGUAACCUCAAUGAAUCUGUUUUAAUCAAUGCAUUUGUCUGAUCAGUAUGGAUGUGUAGUUUUAUUUCAACUCUUUUUGAUUUUGUUGAUGAUGUUGUUUUUUUAAGUAGAAGGUAAAUUAAGUUUGCACUCAGCCAUCAAACUAUUGAGAAGUAGGGAAUUUUAAUAUUUGUUAAAAAUACAUUUUCUUUUAUGUUAUUCAAUGAAACAUCUGCAUACAUUUAAUAUUACUUUGAAUAACAUGUAUGUAUAUAUUUGUUUACAAGCAUAAUUGCACUGUUCAGGAUAUUCUGAUUGUACAGUAUACUGCAGAAAUGCAUGUCUGAGCUUUACCAUUCACUUUCAUUAUGUGCUGGCAGGCUUACAAUUAAUGUGAUGUAACUUCAGCCAGUCAAGCUGUGAUAGCAAACUUCUUCAUUUUUGUUAUUGUAAAUCAUUUUAAUAGGAAGUUGCUACUAAAGUUUGACUUGGCUGUCAUAUUGCGAAAACCAUGAAAAUAUUAUGGAAGAUUACCGUAUAGUAUUCAUUAAGGCUUUAAUAAUACAUGGCGUAUGGGUAUUACAAUUCAUAGCAUUACAUUGUGCCUUAUACAGUAGUUCAUCAAUGCUGUGAUUCAACAUACAAUGGCUUUACUGUGAAUGAAUGUAUAAAAAUCUCUGUGCAAAAACACUGGACUGCUUUAAAACUUUUAUUGAAGUGUAUUCAUAAACUGGAAUUUAAAGACAAUGACGAAGAUGUAAUAUAUAGAUCUCUUAGGUUUUAAAAGUCUACAAGUCUGAGUUUAGUACCAUGUCUUUCUUGAAAUGAUGUAAACUCUGAGUAGAGUUUCUUUAAGACAUAACGGGUAGUGUGCAAUAAAGAUUUUAAGCAUUAAA